CCCACUCACCUAAGCAACCAACCAACUUUUAAUCUCCAUCUUCUUCUUUAACAUCUACAUACUUGCAUCCGUACAUCACCUUCCCGCUUACCUUAAUACAGUAUCAUACAAUGUCAGACGCCGGUGGAAGUCCCCCUCCCCCACAACCCCCUGCAGAGGCUAAACCCGUCGCUCAGGAUGGUAACGCUCCUAUCAAUAUCAAAUUGACAUCCCCAAACGGAGAUGAAAUUUACUUCAAGAUCAAAAAGUCUACCAAACUGGGGAAACUAUGCGCAGCUUAUGCUGAACGUGUGGGGGCUGAUGUGGCCACCAUCCGAUUAGUAUACGAAGGUGUUCGAGUCACUGCUGAGCAGACCGCAUUGGAACUUGAACUCGAGGACGGAGACAGUAUCGACGUGAUGCUGGAGCAGGUGGGAGGUGGAGUAUAUGUUUAAUUUCGAUGUCAACAUCUAUGUCCUAUUCUCUUCAUCUUCAUUUCUCUCUUCAGAAAGCUUUUACGGUCUCAGCAGCCGUCAACGGCAUGGUCGUAUAUUCAACAAGCUGUAAGAGAAAAGUGCCCACUUUUGCCUGUACAGAGUAUGUAAAUCUCGCUCUGUGCAUAAAGACAUCAUAAUG